AUGCCGUUGCUAACUCCGAACUGGGCCGCGGGCUUCUCGUUCCACCGUUGCCACGCGGAGAGGCUCGUGCCAGUGGAUUGGCGCCUGCGCUGGGUCUUCACAGGCGAGGAGGUCAACCGUGCCGUCCGCCUGUGGACCCACGGCUACGACCUGUACGCGCCCACGGUCGAGACCGUGCUCCACAACUACACCAACGCGGUGCAGGAGUUCCAGCAGUUUGGGGAUGCUCACCGCCAGUUCCUCCAGAAGCAGAGGUCCCAGAGGCAGAUCAGGAAGCUCCUGGAGACCCUGGACGCGGAGGACCUGGUCGCGGAGGAGGCGAACGGGGAGCCCGAGGGCCUUGGGCCGUACGGCCUUGGGGGCCAGAGGAUCGGAGAAGGCCUCGAGGAUUUUGUGAUGUGGUCACGGGCGAACCUCGGCGGCAAGUGGGCGCGCGCGCUCUCGAACGCCUCGGGCCAUGUGCAGGACACGCGCGACGACGCCUGCCUGCAUCUGCUGCGGCGCCCCAUCAGGGACCCGGGGGCGCUCCUGGAGAGCCUGCGCUCCAUCUCCAUGGACGGAGGGGGGGACCGCGCCCCGCGGGUCGCGGCUGGCGUGGGAGAGCACGUGUGGCUCCACGGCGAGGAGAGCGUGGUCCGCCCAUUUCGGGUGCUCUGA